AAAUUCUUCUGAAGACGGAGAUUUUGGUUGAUCAUCAUUUUUUUAAGAGGAUAAGGGAAAUUCUCCGGCACAUUUUAUUUGUCACAGAGUUCAAAGUGAACCUCAAAUGGGAAUGGAUAAACUCUCGAUGUAGGGAAUGGCCAUUGUUGAUAAUCUGGGCAACCGUCGUGCGCAAAACUCAUUCGUAACUGAUUACUAUUUGUAAAGCUAUUAUUUCAAACCCAUUCAUUUUUAUGAGCCAAUUUGGGUGAUCCCAAUUCUAACCUAUAAAAGACGCUCUACCGAAUCUGACAUAACCUCUUCCGCCGUCAACCAUGGUCACGUCUACUACAACCCUGCUGGCACUUCUCUACAUCCUGCUUCCAGCGUCCAACCCGCUCAAGGUCGCCCUGCAGCUGGAGCGCUUCGAGCAGAUCGGCGGCGAGGGCUUGGCGGACACCUCGCGGCUCCGCGUCCGCAAGUACAACCGCACCGAGUACGUCCUAAACGGAACGUUCACCCUGUUCCGGGACGUGGACGCGUCGUACGAGGCGACGGUCCGCGUGGCGUACAGCACCCUCGGGAACAACCAGUUCAACGAGUACCCGAUGAAGGUCCCCCGGAAGCGGUUCUGCGACAUGCUGGUGGACGAGUACGUCGACUACCAGUUCAUCUGGGCGAACCGGACCAGUUUGCCGUACGUGGCGCGGGGGACGCGCGAGUUCUGUCCGUUUCCGAAGGGCGAGUACUGGGUGCGCGAGCUGACGCCGGACGCGGGCUUCAUCCCGCCGGUCGUGCCGUCCGGACUGUGGCGCAUGACGGUGGAGUUUUGGCAGGACGACGAGCUGGUGGUUCAGGGACGGUUCUACUACCGGGUUACGAAGGGGUUGCUUUGAUGAGGGUGAAAUACAUGUUGAUAAAGCACUUUUUUUUAGAGGAUAAGGGAAAUUCUCCAGCACAUUUUAUUUGUCACAUAGUUUAAACCGGAUCUCACAUG